CGCUCGAGGAAUCCCAUGGGUUUUCUACCUAAAAACAACACAAUCUCCAAACUCAACAUGUAUACCAAAUCGAUCAUCCCUGCGAUUCUCCUGGCAGGCCAGGUUGCCAACGCAGCAGCCAUCUCCAGCACGGUAACGCUCCACAGUGUCAUCACACUCACGACGACUGUACCAGCACCAACUGGGGCUGCCGGAUCGAAACCUUCGAAUGCCGCUACUCCAGUUCGCUUCUCCUCCGCAACUAAUAAUGUCACUCUUGUGACUCUUUCCAGUUUCAGCGACGCUGCUUCUUCUACUACGUCUCGCGCGUCCCAGCCCACAAUUACUGUGACUGAGACAGUGAGCCUACCCUUCCCAGUCCUCAUUACUGUGACUGACUACUACUGCCCUACGCCCACUUCCGAGGUUGUGCCUAGCACAUCAACUGCGAGCCCACAGUCUACCCCGACUAGUGCCUCAAGCGUUGCUCCUACGAUAACAUCAAGCGUGGCUUCCUCCUCGGAGCCCACUAAGUUUUCCGCACCCAAACCAACUAUCAAAAUGGGCAACGGUCAACUCUACGUCUCUUCCUGCACCCUCCAGGGCAAGGGCCAACUCUACGUCUCCUCCUGCUCUCUGCAAGGAAAAGACCAACUCUACGUUAGUUCCUGCGACCUUCAGGGAAAGGGACAGCUUUACGUUUCUUCUUGCGAUUUGCAGGGAAAGGGACAGUUGUAUGUUAGCAGCUGUACUCUCUCUCGCGUCUAAGGCACGAU